CCGGUCCCGCCAUUGUUGCCAUUUCUUUGUGUCCUGGAGGUGUGUGGCGCUGGUGAGCCAUCACGCAUGCCGGUGGCGACGCGGUGGGAAGUGCGGCCCGCACUCGGGGCGCGACACCGGCAGUGCCGGGGUGCUUGCCGGAGGCGGAGCCUCCUCGCGCUCGGGUCGCUUGGCUUGGGGUCGGCUCGGGUUGUUGGCGCCCGUGCGUCAGCGCUGCACGGGUCAGACGCGGCCAGGUGACACUCUCCUCACGUCCUUUCUUGGCUCUGAAAAACAGUUCCUGCAGCUUGAAGCAGAGACUUAUUUCCAGUGUGCCUGCUGUAGCUGGGACCAGCGUCUCUCUGGGAUCACAAUGACCAUGGAAGGCAGGGGGACACUAGAUAUCAUCCCCAGGACUGCGGUGUAUCAGAAGCAGGAGGGGAGCUUGACUGUAAAGCAGGAACCAGGAAGCCAGACCUGGGGACAGAAGAACUACCCUCCUGUCUGUGAAAUAUUCCGACUGCACUUCAGGCAGCUGUGCUACCAUGAGAUGUCUGGCCCUCAGCAGGCCCUGAGUCGGCUCAGGGAGCUCUGCCACUGGUGGCUGAUGCCAGAGGUCCACACCAAGGAGCAGAUCCUGGAGCUGCUGGUGCUGGAGCAGUUCCUGAGCAUCCUGCCCAGGGAGCUUCAGACCUGGGUGCAGCUGCAUCACCCCGAGACUGGCGAGGAGGCUGUGGCCGUGGUGGAGGAUUUCCAGAGACACCUUAGUGAGUCAGGGGAGGUUUCACCUCCAGUACAAGAACAGGAUGUGCAUUUAAAGAAGAUGGUAGCUCUGCGUGCCACAGAGCAGUCGCCUACCUUAACCUCUGGUCGGGGCUCAGCCGCUGAUGACCUCUUGGAUCUUCCCUGUGACCCAGGAGCACACCACUUCCCCAGUGGACACUUCGAUCCUGCUUUUCCCAGAGUGGGGAACUCCAGAGCCCAGGCAGUGGCUAGUGUGCUUAGGAUGGUCAGGCCUCAGGAGACUGCAGUGAACAAGGCCUGUAUGCAGGAAAAGUGGAGUGUCCUGUGUGAGGCGGAGGUGGUGAGAGAUGAGCACGGCCCGGCCUAUCUGGGUAAGAACAGGAUGGGAAGUUCUGAGUACAGCCCCAAGCAGGGCAUUUCUAAAGGAUCACAUUCACUUGACACAUCCUCAGGAGGACUCUUUGGAGUGGCCCUGGUAGAACCAGAGUCUGGAGAUAUCUGUGAAGACCCUUUAGCACAGGUGGAAGGGUGUCCCUCAGAUGAAGAAGGCAGUGAACUAGAAAGUGAUUUCCUGGAAAAGAAUGAUGAGAAAAAUUCCACCAAAGACAGAAACAAGGACAGUAAAGAUGUAAGGGAACAUCCAGAAUCACCCUCCAGUCCUGUUGAGCAUCAGAGAGAAGCAAAGAGGCAGAAUUCCUAUCAAUGUGAUGAAUGUGGCAAAAUUUUUAACCGGAGCUCACACCUCCUUGGACAUCGGAGAAUCCACACUGGAGAGAGACCCUCUGAAUGUAAUGAGUGUGGGAAGACCUUCGUACAGACAUCUCAGCUAAUUGUUCACCUCAGAACACACACUCAGGAAAAACCUUAUGAAUGUCAAGAGUCUGGGAAGACUUAUUGUCACAGUUCCCAUCUUAUUCAACACCAGAGACUCCAUAAUGGGGAGAAACCUUAUAAAGGUAAUGAAUGUGUAAAUAUUUCCAUUCAGAGUUCCCGGCUCAUAGACCACAAGAGAGCCCACACUGGAGAGAAACCUAAUGAGUCUGAAGAGGCAUUCAUUUGGAGCAAAAGUCUUCUCCAACAUCAGGUCCUUCAUACCAGUAAGAAGCCCUAUGAGUGUAAUGAAUGUGGGAAAGCCUUCUGUUCCAACAGAAAUCUUAUUGACCACCAGAGGAUCCACACUGGGGAGAAGCCUUAUGAGUGCAUUGAGUGUGGCAAGGCCUUUAGUCGGAGUAAGUGUCUUACUCGACAUCAGAGUCUCCACACUGGGGAAAAACCAUACAAAUGCAGUGAAUGUGGGAAAGCCUUCAGUCAGAACUCUCAGCUCAUUGACCAUGAACGAAUUCACACUGGUGAAAAGCCUUUCGAAUGUAGUGAGUGUGGUAAGAAAUUCAGUUUAAGUAAAUGCCUUAUUCGGCACCAGAGACUUCACACUGGAGAAAAGCCCUACAAAUGUGGUGAGUGUGGAAAAUCCUUCAAUCAAAAUUCUCACCUCAUUAUACACCAGAGAAUUCACACUGGUGAGAAACCUUAUGGAUGUAAUGAAUGUGGGAAGGUCUUCAGUUAUAGUUCUAGCCUUAUGGUGCAUCAGAGAACCCAUACUGGUGAAAAGCCCUAUAAAUGUAAAGACUGCAUGAAAGCCUUUGGUGACAGUUCACAGCUUAUUGUGCACCAGAGAGUUCACACUGGUGAGAAGCCUUAUGAAUGUAUUGAAUGUGGGAAAGCCUUUAGUCAGCGUUCCACCUUUAACCACCAUCAGCGAACUCACAACGUGGAGAAACAGUAUGUGUGUCCUGAGUGUGGAAAAGCCUUCAGUCAGAGUGCCAACCUCACUGUGCACGAGCGAAUCCAUACAGGAGAGAAGCCUUACAAGUGUACAGUGUGCGGGAAAGCCUUUAGUCACAGCUCCAACCUCGUGGUUCAUCGACGAAUCCACACUGGACUUAAGCCGUACAAGUGUCGUGACUGUGGGAAGUCAUUCAGCGGUAAGUCACACCUCAUCGGGCACCAGGAAGUCCACAGCGGGGAAAAGACAUACGAAUGUAAAGAGUGUGGGAAAGCCUUCAGCCGGAGCUCAGGACUUAUCGCUCAUCACAGAGUUCAUACUGGUGAGAAGCCCUACACCUGCAGCGAGUGUGGGAAGGCGUUUAGCAGGAGUUCAAAUCUCACUCAACACCAGAGAACGCACAGAGGGAAAAAGGUUUACAAAUGUAAAGAGUGUGGAAAGACAUGUGCUUCUAAUACAAAGAUUAUAGACCAUCAGAGGAUUCACACUGGGGAGAAGCCCUACGAGUGCGCUGAGUGUGGGAAAACCUUCAUCUUAAGGAAGGCCCUUAAUGAACACCAGAGACUCCACCGCAGAGAGAAACCUUACAAAUGUAAGGAAUGUGGGAAAGCGUUUACCUCUAACCGAAACCUCACGGAUCACCAGAGAGUGCACACUGGAGAGAAGCCUUACAAGUGUAACGAAUGUGGGAAAACCUUCAGGCAAACAUCUCAGGUUAUUCUCCAUUUGCGAACUCAUACUAAAGAGAAGCCCUAUAAGUGUAGCGAGUGUGGGAAAGCUUAUCGCUACAGCUCGCAGCUCGUCCAACACCAACGAAAGCAUAACGAAGAGAAAGAAGCCUUACUGUUUACUGGCCAGGUGUAAUGGCAUUCGCCGUUAAUCCUGGCAUUGAGGAGGCAGUGACAGGGAGGUCUUGGUGACUUUUAGUCCAGCCUGGUCUACCUAGUGAGUUCUACACUAGCCAAAGUUACAAAAUGAGACUCUGUGUUAGGAAAACAAAAUGGCAACAAUGUUAAUCACUACUUUUCUGAAAAUUAGAUUUUUAGUAACAUUAAACUUAAUUCUGCUUCUAUAAAUCCAUACAGGGAAAAUAAUAAGUAGCUAAAGUGUAACAAAAGGGAUAUUUAUGCCAGCAUCAUCAUAACUGAAAGGGAAAACAAACAAACAAAAUACCAAGCCACCCAAACAAACAGAGACCACCCAAACUGUAAAUUAUUACAUGUGCAGCAUGAAAGGAAUCAUUACACGUCUGAAACUAUUUUGUCUUUUAAAAGAAUUUUUAAUGUAUGCCAUGGGAGAAAUUUCUGGGUAAAAUGGAAAGUGAAGGGAUGGAAUGUCCAGAUAAAAUAUGUUCGCCUAGGAAAAAUGGGGAAAGAGAAGGAGAACCAAACCUACAUUUUAACAAUGGUUAUCUCUAGGUGAUAGACUGUAGGGUGAUUUCUAUUUUCUUCUGUAUACUUUUCUAUGCCUUCUAGAUUUUCUACAAUAAAAGGGUUACUUUUAUAUUUACGAGAAAUAUACUCUAAAUGCAAGUACAUACUUGUUUUUAUUCAGUGGUAGGAAAAGUACCUAUUGUGUAGUCUUUAAAAUCUCAGGAUUCAGGGGUUGGGAUUUAGCUCAGUGGUAGAGCAC